UACCGAGGCAAGAAACCCACAUGGAGAGCGGUACUCAACGCCCUAACCGAACUCCAACUGGACGGGUUCAAGGACGGUUUAAACAAAAUUCAAGUGGUCAAUACAUGUGCCGCGUUGGGAUUGGCGACCGAUGCAGAGAAGGAGGACCUGAUCCCAUGGCUGCUGCAAAGUGAUAAGGGCGCGUGGAAAGGCCUACAGGAGAUGGGAUUUUCCAAGCACCCUUCCGGAAACGCUGGUCAUUACAGAGUUGCCGCCUUUAUUUGCGUAUACAACCACCUUUCGGACGCUUUGACAGAAGAUCAAAAGUCAUCCCUCAAAUUCUCUACAUCCUUCCUCGAGCACCUAUUGUGCAAGCAACAUAGAUGG